AUGAUAAUCUUAACCUUUGUUACGUGUUUAAUAUUAAUUGUAUUUCCAAAUGAAGCCGGAAGGAUUUUGGCAGUUUUUCCUACUCCGUCGAUCAGUCAUCAAGUAGUGUUUCGACCUUUAAUGCACGAACUAGCCAAGAGAGGUCAUGAAGUUACACUCAUCACAACAGAUCCUGUAUUCCCAAAAGGAGGAGCACCGAGCAAUCUAACAGAAAUAGAUGUUCACGAUAUAUCUUACGACCUGUGGAACAAAAUAUUCAUGGCAGCAACACAAGGAAGCAAAGAUGAUGUGGUUCAUGUAAUGGAUGUAAUCUUUAAAACAGUCGCUGCAAUAGUCGAAGCACAGUUUAAUGACGAUGGUGUGCAAAAAAUUAUCAAAGAUAAAACUAAAAAGUUUGAUCUGAUCUUCUUAGAAGCUUAUGUACGGCCAGCACUAGCGUAUUCUCAUAUUUACAAAGCGCCAGUGAUUCUAAUGAGUUCCUUUGGAGGUGUAUUUGGUAACUAUCAAACUUUGGGAGCUUCGGAGCAUCCGAUUCUUCAUCCUGUCCCACCGCGUCAGAGACUUCAUAAUCUUAGUAAAUGGGAGAAAAUUAAGGAAUUGUAUAAUUAUUAUCGGGUAAUACGAGUAUUUGAACAACUUGAAGACUCCGAGAAUGCGAUGAUAAAAAAGAAUUUUGGUGAAGACACUCCUGCACUCAGUGAAUUAAACAAUAAUGUGGAUAUGUUGUUUAUUAAUAUACACCCAGUCUUUGAAGGGAUUAGGCCCGUGCCUCCAUCGGUAGUUUAUAUGGGCGGGUUGCAUCAGAAAGCAGAAAAGGAAUUGCCACCUGAUCUCAAAAAGUAUUUAGAUUCUUCGAAAAAUGGAGUCAUAUACAUAAGCUUUGGAACAAACGUGGAUCCAACAGUUCUACCAGCUGAUAGGAUAGAAGUUCUAGUCAAAACAGUAUCUCAAUUACCUUACGAUAUUUUAUGGAAAUGGAACAAUGACGUACUUCCUGGACGUACUGAAAAUAUAAAGAUCUCUAAAUGGUUGCCACAGUCAGACCUUCUUAGGCAUCCUAAAAUUAAGCUGUUCGUCACGCAAGGAGGUCUGCAAUCAACAGAUGAAGCUGUAACAGCAGGAGUACCUCUGGUUGUCAUGCCAAUGUUCGGAGACCAAUUCUUCAAUGCUGAACAAUACGAGUUCCAUAAAAUAGGCAUUAAGCUUAUCCUGGACACUCUUACUAUUGAUAAAUUUAAUAAAACCAUCAACACUGUUAUUGAAGAUCAAAGCUAUCGUCGGAAUGUAGAAAAAUUACGGAGUAUUGUUAACGACCAGCCGAUGACAUCUUUGGAGCGUGGUGUGUGGUGGACGGAGCACGUGCUGCGUCACGGCGGCGCGCGACAUCUGCGCUCUCCCGCCGCCAACAUGUCGUGGGCAGAAUAUUUAGAGCUAGAACUAGUGUUCACUGUUCUCUUCUUCUUACUAUUAAUUUUAUCAACACUUGCAUUAAUUCUUCGUUAUCUAUAUAAAAAUGUCUAUGUACAUUUUGUAGCAUCGCGUAAAAUCAAAACCAACAUAAGUCCUAAAAACAAAAUGAAUUACCUUUUAUUACUUGCGUGUUAUAUUUUAUUUGUAAAUUCAAACGAAGCAGCGAAGAUUUUGGCAGUAUUUCCAACUCCUUCAAUCAGUCAUCAGGUAGUGUUUCGACCUUUAACCCAAGAACUAGCUAAGAGAGGACAUGAGGUCACUGUCAUCACAACAGACCCUGCAUUUCCAAAAGGAAAAACACCAACCAAUCUAACAGAAAUCGAUGUCCAUGAUAUAUCCUACGAUAUAUGGAUAAAAACAUUCAUGGAAUCAACGAAAGGGAAUAAAAACGAUGUGAUGAAUGUAAUGGUAUCAAUUUUAAAAGGACUCAUAGCUGUUAUAGACGCCCAGUUAAAAGACGACAAAUUGAAAAGUUUGAUUGAAGACAAAAGUAAGAAGUUUGAUUUAAUUUUCAUAGAAGCCUGUGCUAGACCUGCUUUAGCAUAUUCUCAUAUUUAUAAAGCACCAGUGAUACUCAUCAGUUCUUUAGGAGGGGUGCUAGAUAAUUAUGCUACACUUGGUGCUUCUGUUCACCCAAGUCUUUACCCAGCUAUAACGCGCCAAAGACUAAACAACCUCACAUUAUGGGAAAGAGUUUCUGAGCUGUAUUAUGACCAUGUUACAAUAAAAGGAUACAAAAGCAUGGAAAAGGAAGAGGACGCUAUGCUUAGAAAACAUUUUGGUAAGGACAUUCCGUCGGUCGCAGAAUUAAAAGACAAGGUGGACAUGCUAUUUUUGAAUGCUCAUCCAGUAUUUGAAGGGAUUCGACCUGUGCCUCCGUCUGUAGUUUAUCUUGGUGGUCUACAUCAGAAACAAGGAAAAGAAUUACCAAAGGAUCUAAAAACAUAUUUAGAUUCAUCAAAGAAUGAUGUCAUUUACAUUAGCUUUGGCACAAACGUGGAUCCAGCAGCUCUACCCGCUGACAGAAUUGAAGUUCUAGUGAAAACGUUCUCCAAAUUACCUUAUGAUGUGUUAUGGAAAUGGAACAACGAUGUUUUACCUGGACGUACUGAUAAUAUCAGGAUCUCUAAAUGGCUGCCACAGUCAGACCUCCUCAAACAUCCAAAAAUCAAGCUAUUCGUCACACAAGCAGGUUUACAAUCGACGGACGAAGCUAUAACGGCAGGAGUACCUCUGAUUGCCAUACCUUUAAAUGGUGAUCAGUUUUACAAUGCUGAGAAAUAUGAGUAUCACAGAAUCGGCAUUAAGCUCAUGAUGGAUUCUCUUACGGUGGAACAGUUUACGAAUACCAUUAACACUAUCAUUCAAGAUAACAGUUACCGGCAAAAUGUUGCAAAACUUCGUACUCUAAUGUACGACCAGCCGAUGACACCGUUGGAGCGCGCGGUGUGGUGGACGGAGCACGUGCUGCGUCACGGCGGCGCGCGACAUCUGCGCUCUCCCGCCGCCAACAUGUCGUGGGCAGAAUAUUUAGAACUAGAAUUGGUUCUAACUGUACUCUUAGGUUUACUAGUAGCUUUAACAUUAUUUGUACUAAUCUUAAGUUUUCUAUACAAAAUAGUUUUCAGAAAAGUUACACCUAAGAAAACUAAAAGGAGUUGAUGAGGUUGAUAUAAUUCAGUAAUUCAUUAAGUGUAAUUGUUUCCUGAUCUGUGUGCAUUAAGUCACGUCCACAAAUCAAGAUAAAAUAAAAACCAUAAAAUAUCAACCGUAUGAUGAAGAAAUCAUAUCAACUUCUUGAUUUUUUUAAGAUUAAUUUUACUGUACUUUAUCUCAAAAUUGUUCCUAUUAAUAAAAUGGUACCUUUAACUGAUAA